AUGAACAUCCACAAAACCAGCCACACCUCCGCCGGCAGCGGCCGCACGUUUCUCCUCUGCAUCAUCUUCCUCCUGUGGGCGGCAACCACCACGACGACGACGAUCCCGACCGCCGGAGCCCACGUGACGGUCCACGUCUGCAACAACCUGACGUACGUGAGCGAGACUUUUUGGGUCCACUGCCAAUCCUGCAACACCGACAUCGGAGCCCGAUACGUCACCGCCGGCCACUGCGACUACGCCUUCGACUUCGACCCCGACGCAUGGCGGUCGACGAUUUGCCACGUGGAACGGGAUUCCGGAUACCAUGCGGACAUCGCGGCGUGGCAAAACGGUGAUUACAAUAAUGCGCCGAUAACUUGGUGCGCUCAAAACGACAACGUUACUGGGUGGAAACGCGACGCCAUCUAUUAUACUUAUGAGUGGCUACCGAAUUAUUGA